GUUCCCUAAAGCACAACGCUGUCACCUGUGAACACUCAACAGCACAAACCGAGCACCAGGAGGAGAGGCGUCCCAGGACACACAGAUAAGAUGAAUUGGGGCUUCCUGGAAAACAUCCUGAGCGGAGUCAACAAGUACUCCACAGUUAUUGGCCGUAUCUGGCUGUCAGUGGUCUUCUUGUUUCGGAUCCUGGUAUACGUGGCAGCGGCUGAACAGGUCUGGAAAGAUGAGCAGAAAGACUUUGUGUGCAAUACUCGUCAGCCAGGCUGCGAGAACGCCUGCUUUGACCGCUCCUUCCCAGUGUCACAGGUGCGGCUCUGGGCACUGCAGCUCAUCAUGGUGUCCACCCCGUCCCUGCUGGUGGCGUUGCAUGUGGCCUACCGAGAGCACCGCGAGGCCCGUCACAAACGCAAACUGUAUACUGAUAAGAGCAGUCUCGAUGGAGGCUUGUUCUGUACUUACACCCUCAGCCUGCUCUUCAAGACAGCCUUUGAGGUUGGAUUCCUGUUGGCCUUUUACUUUGUCUAUAACGGGUUUGAUAUGCCCAUCUUGAUCCGCUGCAGUGAGAGCCCAUGCCCCAACACUGUGGACUGUUACAUAGGAAAAGCCACUGAAAAAAAGAUCUUUCUCUACAUUAUGGGUAGCACGUCGAUUCUCUGCAUCAUUCUGAAUGUGAUGGAGUUUGUCUAUAUUGUCUGGAAGCGCCUUUGGAAAUGCUUCACCAGGCGCUACAUCCCAGUGGAAGAGAGAAACUUGAGAUAUAACCAACCACCUGGGUCUAUUGUCAACAACUCUGUAUGCACACAGCCCACAGCAAACACUGACACAGGGCCCGCUCCGUAGCGUGAUGAAAACCUGCUAAGCCGGUCUAGUGCGGUCAGUGAGAACUAACAGUAUCCAGCCCAAGGCCUCCAAAAUGUCCAAAACAACACAAACAUAACUUCCUAAUAGGGUAGCUUUUGAAUGGACUAGGCU